AUGAUAUAAAUAAGUACAAAUUAAGAGGGAGAGUUUGUUUUUGAUUCAAAAGAGUAAGAUUAUGUUUUAUUGGAUCUCAAUACUUUAUAAGAUUAAUUGGAAUAAGGAAGAAAAAAUGAAAUUUUAGAUUUAUUGCAAUAAGUUAUGAAAUCAAAUGAAUAUUAAUCAUCAACAGAAAAGGUGAAGAGUUAAAUAGAAUGGGCAGUAUAGACUGUGAAUGAGCAUCCUUCAGAAUAGUAUGAUAUAUUAUAAAGGAAUAUUAGUUAUGAUUUAGAGUAAUAGAUAGAAAAUUAAAGAUAUCCUGAAGUUCAUUCAGCAAAUAAGAUGAUUGAUAUGAGUAUAGGAAAGGUGAAGGCAAGAGUGCAAUAUAUGACAUGUUAAGAGAGAAAAAAUCUAAUGAAAGUAUAUUUAUAAAAAGUAUAGAGACAAAAAGCUUAGAAAGAAGUAUGCAAUAAAUAUAUACAUGCAAAUAAAAUAAGUUUUAUAAGGAAUAGUUACAAUAGAAGUAUUAGAUGAUGCAAAAGUAGAUAAUAGAUAGAAAGAGGAAUGAAAUAUAGGAAUAAAGAUAAAAGCAUUUUUAAAUAAUGCAAAGAAGCAAAGGUAAAUUGGGUUAAAUGUAAGAUUAAAUAAUAUGAAUAUAAGAUUAUAAAUAAAGGUAGAAGAGAAUAAGUAAUUAAAAGAAUCGAUUCAAUUAGGGUUGUAUUAGACGAUGAGUGAAUUAAGAAGUGAGAAUGUAAAAGCUUAUAGGAGAGUAAAGGUGAUGGAAUAAUAAUAAUAAGAGAAAUAACAAUUAUUUUGGUAAACAAAAUAAGUGAUAGCAAAAACAAAUUAUAAAAGGAAGGUAGAAGAUGCUUAUUUAUAAAAUAUGUAAGCUUAAGAUAGACUAUAAUAAUUGGAAUAAUAGGAAAUGUAGUUAAUGCAUAGAUUACGUUAGACUGAAUAGUAAUAUUAAAUGAGUUCAUAGAAAUUAGAAUAAAUGAAAUCGAAAUCAUAUAAAGAUUUAGGGAAUAUGUGGAGUUGA